AUGUCGAUUGUUGCAGACCAAAUACGAAAAGUCGACGCUCAGCUCGACCGCGUCCAGCUCGCUCCCUUCCCUUACCCCGCAGAUGAAGGUCUGGUGUCCGCGCAACAUGCUAAGAUUGCUUCUUCGCCGCGCAUAGCGGAGUUGCAGGCGUUGGUCAAGGCAUUGAGUACGACGUCGAGUUCUAGCGCGUUGCUUUCGGGUGGGAAGAUUAGUCGGUUGUUGGAACAGGCUGAUUUGAAGGGUUCGGUGCAGACUGAAGAAAUUGAGGAUGAGGAUGAGGAUGAGAAUGAGGAUGAGAAUGAGGAUGAGGAUGAGGAUGAUGAGGAAGAUGCGGAAAGGCAACAUAAGAAUGCGAGAGCAGGUGUAAAUGCUUAUCUGAAGAACUAUGAGAGGGAAUUGGAGUGGUUGUUGGUCAGUAAAGCGACGGUGCAAACAUAUGGGUUGAUAUUGAAUACGCUUCUGGAACAAACAAUUCCGCUAAGUGAUGAUAUUUGGUAUUGGGAUGAAGUACUCGGAUCAUAUACAUAUUCGGGACUAUACACGAUACAGACUUCGCCGCAGAGGUUGUGGGAUUGGGGAAAGGAUAUUUAUAGUGAUUCGAGGGAGCGAUUGGUGCAUUUGAAAGAAGCGCCUGGAAGUGCGGUCAGAAAGGGUGGGAGAGAUGUGAAAGAGGGAGUCGCGGGGCAAUGGAGCAUGUUUUAUGGGUUGGUGAGGGAGAGUAUUAGAGAGAGAAGUGUGGUGGAGGUACAGAAGAGAGUUAUGAGUCCGGUUGCGUUGGGGAGGUCAAAGGCUAAGAUGAAUCAGGCAAGGUUAAAGAGAUUUAGGGAGAUGGGAGCAAGUGGGCUAGGAGUUCUGAUGGAUGAAGCGUUGAGUUUUGAUAUCGAUGAAGAGGGCGCGGGUUUGAAAGCCGAGGAGUCAGAAAACUUGGAGUGGAAAGAUGUGGUGGAGAGAAGUGUGGCACUGAUGGAUAAUGUGCUUCGCAAUGUUACGGCUCUUGAGCAAGGGAUUUCGGAUUUCGAGGAUACUGUGUUUGCCAGUGUGGAGGAUGACCCAGAGAUUUCGAGUGCGGACAAUUCACAAGCGACCAGGACGAGUAAGGUGUCGAGAAGAUUGCAGCACAUCCUCUCUAGUCAUGUACCGAAGCAUAUUACGAAUUCACAAAGACUUGUCUCAGAAUAUGGACGACCUUCAAGACUUGUUAGAUACUGGUUACCGGCUAGCAUGUUGUUACUUUCGUCUUCGACUAUAUUGCGAAUCUUGGUGAACAGAAAAGCAGAGCUUCUUACCUGGAUUAGAGAACUUGGAUCUACCAUUCAAGAUUUCUGGAUGAACUGGGUUGUUGAUCCUACUUUAAAGGUCAUUGGGACAAUUCGUCAUGACAAGGAUAGCGAAGUAGCAAUUAUGAGUAAAGAGAGUCUAAAGGGCGACAUGGAAAGUCUGGAAAGAAUGGUGGUGGAUUUCGCUCGCGACAACCCAGAAGCCGCAAAUUACGGGACUGGCGCUUUAAAUGAUUCACAAAUCACCGAGAUCAAAGCCAAAGUCAAGGCAGGUGAUCUCACACCCGUUCUUCGCGCUUAUGAGAAGGAUAUGCAACGACCAUUUGUAGGAACCGUUAGAGGAGAUUUAAUCAGAACAGUUUUGAUCCAAGUACAAAAGACUAAAGUCGAUGUGGAGGUUGCGCUAAGUGGUAUCGAUGCGCUACUCAAGAGCCAAGAGCUUGUCUUUGGAUUUUUAGGUCUGACUCCUGGUGUGCUGGUCUGUUUCGCUGCUUUCCGAUAUUUUGGAACAUUACUCGGCUCACGCAAGGGACUUCGACGAGGUGAAAGGGCGGGGCGAACUGCGAGGGUCUUGAGAAAUAUUGAUCGAAUCCUUACGAUUGCUACGCCUACGCAGAACAACUUGCUCUCGUACAAAGAUCAUGGAUUGUUGUUGUGUGAAGUUCAUGUUUUGAGGAAGAGAGCGCAUAGUUUGUUUCCUGGGGAUGUGGAGAGAGAGUUCUUGGAGGACGUGGGAGAUCUCUGCAAUAUCAAUAGUGGUAUUCAGGUGCAGCUUAAGGUUUUAGAGAGAAUUAGGUGGAGUUAUGGGAGGUGGUUGAGGUAG